GAGAGAUUCACACACAAAACAUAUAACGUCUAAAAUAGUUUCACGAUCUCUUCUCUUCGAUUCGAUCGAUCGAUCACAUUCCAAUUCCAUUCCAACAGAUUCACUUCAACUCAUCGAUUGAUCGAUCGAUCGAUCACAUUCUAAUUCCAUUUUCAUUUCUUCUGAGCUUCACUUAUGGCUUCCAUAAAGUCCGUAAACAGAUCGGCAUCAGUCGCUUUCGCGCCUGAAGCACCUUACAUGGCUGCAGGAACAAUGGCUGGAGCCGUUGAUCUAUCGUUCAGUUCAUCUGCAAAUCUCGAGAUCUUCAAGCUUGAUUUCCAGUCUGACGAUUGUGAGUUACCGUUGGCUGGAGAGGCCGCGACUUCCGAACGUUUCAAUCGGUUAUCUUGGGGGAAGAAUCCUGGUGGAGCGGAGGAAUUCUCUCUUGGAUUAAUUGCUGGUGGUUUGGUUGAUGGUAGCAUUGGUCUAUGGAAUCCUCUAACGCUGAUCCGUUCCGAGGCUAGUGAAAGUGCUCUUGUAUCACAACUCUUAAGACAUAAAGGGCCUGUCCGCGGUUUGGAAUUUAAUUCCCUUACACCAAACCAUCUUGCUUCUGGUGCUGAUGAUGGUGAAAUUUGUAUAUGGGAUAUAACAAAACCUGUAGAACCCACUCACUUCCCUCCUCUCAAGGGUAGUGGAUCUGCUACGCAGGGUGAAAUUUCUUUUCUUUCCUGGAACAGAAAAGUGCAACACAUAUUAGCAUCAACCUCAUAUAAUGGAACAAUUGUUGUUUGGGACCUAAAGAAACAGAAGCCUGUCAUUAGUUUCUCAGAUUCAACUAGAAGGCGUUGCUCUGUCCUACAAUGGCAUCCUGAUGUUGCCACACAACUGAUUGUUGCCUCCGAUGAUGAUAGUUCUCCUUUUCUCAGACUAUGGGAUAUGCGGAAUACUAUGACACCAGUUAGAGAGUUUGUUGGCCAUACUAAUGGUGUCAUAGCAAUGUCAUGGUGUCCCAAUGAUAGUUCUUAUCUGCUGACCUGUGCCAAAGAUAAUCGUACUAUUUGCUGGGAUGUUGUUUCUGGAGAGAUUGUCUCUGAACUUCCAGCUGGAACUAACUGGAACUUUGAUGUGCACUGGUACCCAAAGAUACCUGGAGUCAUAUCAGCAUCCUCAUUUGAUGGCAAAAUUGGCAUAUACAAUAUGGAGGCUUAUGGUCGUUAUGGUGUUGGAGAGGGUGAUUUUGGUGCUGCACCAAUGAGAGCACCAAAAUGGUACAAGCGUAAAUCUGGAGUGUCCUUUGGAUUUGGUGGAAAACUUGUUUCGUUUUCUUCCAAGGAUGGUCCAUCUGGUGGUUCAGAGGUUUAUGUCCAUAACUUGGUUACAGAACAAAGCCUGGAAAGCCGUUCAUCUGAAUUUGAAGUUGCAAUACAAAACUGGGACAGAUCUUCCCUAAGGCUAAUAUGUGAUAGAAAAUCUCAGGAGUCUGAGUCCAAUGACGAGAAAGAAACAUGGGGCUUUCUGCGAAUUAUCUCUGAAGAAGGAGGAACAGCAAGGACAAAACUACUAACACAUCUUGGUUUUAGUUUACCAGUUGAAAAAGAUGAUGAACAAACUGAUCUCUCCCAGGAAGUUAGUACUCUUGAAAUUGAAGAUAAGGUAGCAGAUUUAGUUGGUUAUGCGAUGGAUCAUGGAGCGAGUUCCUUCCCCACUGACAACGGGGAGGAUUUCUUUAACAAUCUUCCAAGCCCUAAAGCUGAAACACCAGUCUCAAGGGAUAAGUUAAAUGUAGGGGAAUCUCUUACUAGCAUUGAGGAAAUAGAACCAGAAACGGAUGGAGAAGAAGGGGAGGAGAAUACUGACACAUCAUUUGACGAGGCUAUCCAACAUGCAUUAGUUGUUGGGGAUUAUAAGGGUGCAGUUACACAAUGUAUCUCUGCAAAUAAAAUAGCUGAUGCUUUAGUUAUUAGUCAUCUUGGUGGUUCUUCCUUGUGGGAGAGCACCCGUGAACAGUACCUAAAGAUGAGUCGUUCUCCUUAUUUGAAGAUUGUCUAUGCAAUGGUGAACAAUGAUCUGACCAACCUUGUGUGCACGAGGCCCUUGAAAUCAUGGAAAGAGAUUCUUGCUCUACUUUGCUCCUUUGCUACAAAAGAGGAGUGGACUUCGCUUUGCAGUGCACUUGCUUCUAGGCUUAUGGCUGCAGGCAAUAUUCUUCCUGCUACUCUCUGUUACAUAUGUGCUGGGAAUAUUGAUAAGACUGUAGAGAUAUGGUCUUGGAGUCUUAGCAAAGAGCUUGAAGGGAAAUCGUCAUAUAUUGACCUUCUUCAGAAUUUGAUGGAGAAGACAAUUGUUCUUGCUUUGGCUACUGAGCAAAAACAAUAUAGUACUUCAUUGUGCAAGCUUGUUGAGAUAUAUGCUGAAAUAUUAGCAAGUCAAGGUCUUUUAUCUACUGCUAUGGGGUAUCUGAAACUAUUGGGAUUGGAAGAAUUAUCACCUGAACUCAGGCUUUUGCAAGAGCGUAUUGCCAUGUCUAUUGAAAAUGAGAAAGAAAUACCUCCAUCACAAACUGCAACUGAAUAUGGUGGAGUUCAGCCAAAUUUUGGUAUGGGCAACUCUUCUUCAUAUUAUCAGGAAUCAGUACCAUCUCACCUGCAAAAUGGUCAAGGCGGUUCUUAUGUUAAUAACUAUCAACAAGUCCCGGGUGCUUCAUAUGGUGCAGGAUAUGGUGUGCCUUCCCCAUAUCAGCCCGUGGCACAAACUCCAAUGUUUCCAUCCCCUGCAUUACAGGAUUCACAAAUGCAAUUUGCUCCUCCACCUGCCAAUAAUCUGUCUGCUGUCAAAACUUUCAAUCCUGCAUCGCACUUGACGUUAAGAAAUGCUGAACAGUACCAGCAGCCACUGCCCACGUUGGGUUCCCAGUUAUAUCCUGGGACCGGGAUUCCUGAUUAUACUACUGGUGAUAGUCCAGUGGCUUCAGUCACAUCUCAAUCUGGUCCAAUUCAAGGUCAUCAAAUGCCUCAGGUCUUCACUCCUGCUUCUGCACCACUAGGGUUUAUGCCAGUUCCAAAUAAUGGAGUUCAAAGACCAGUAAUGAGUCAAACACAACCACCCAACCCAAUUCAGUCAGCUGUGGUGCCAACUGCCACGGCUCCUGUAGCUCCACCACCGACAGUACAGACGGCUGAUACUUCAAAAGUGCCUGCUCACCAGAGGUCUGUUGUUAUAACUUUGACAAGAUUGUUUAACGAGACAUCAGAAGUACUAGGAGGAUCGCGAGCUGUACCUGCUAAAAAGCGUGAAAUAGAAGACAACUCGAGAAAAAUUGGUGCCUUGUAUGCAAAGCUUAACAGUGGAGAUUUAUCGAAAAAUGCUUCUGAAAAGCUUGUCCAAAUCUGCCAAGCUUUGGAUAAUGGGGAUUUUAAUGCUGCUCUCCAAGUUCAGGUUCAACUUACAACAAGUGAUUGGGAUGAGUGCAACUUCUGGUUAACGGCUCUAAAACGCAUGAUCAAAACAAGGCAGAAUGCGAGAUGAUGACGACGAUGAUGAUGAUAAUGAAUUAACUGUCUGUAACAAAUCAUCAAAUUUUUAUUGAUUGAGGUUAUAGUUAGAGAGGUUUUGGAUUCAAAUAACCUUAAUUCAUUGUUGACAAGAUGAAUAAGAAUAUUUUUGGUUGUUUUAGAAUGUUUCCAAUAUCAGUUGGUAAAACAUAGAUAUGGGAUAUUACUACUGUUGGAUUUAUUUUCUGGGUUAUUGUUCAAUUCAUACUUUCUCCUUUAUUA